CCAGCGCUUCCGGGUGCGCUGGCGUUCCACUGCUAGCUCGGCCUGGCGGUGUCGGGUCAGUGCCUCCCACCUGACUCCCCGGCAGACAGGGUCUCACUAAGUUGCCAAGCCUGCCUUUAAUAUGUGAUCCUCUUACUUCAGCCUCCUGUGCCACUGGGAUUAUAGGAAUAGAAGAUGAACAAACCCAUAACACCAUCAACAUAUGUGCGCUGCCUCAAUGCUGGCCUAAUUAGAAAGUUGUCAGAUUUUAUUGAUCCUCAGGAAGGAUGGAAGAAAUUAGCUAUAGCUAUUAAAAAACCAUCUGGUGAUGAUAGAUACAAUCAGUUUCACAUAAGGAGAUUUGAAGCAUUACUUCAAACUGGAAAAAGUCCCACUUGUGAAUUACUGUUUGACUGGGGUACCACAAAUUGCACAGUUGGUGAUCUUGUGGAUCUUUUGAUCCAAAAUGAGUUUUUUGCUCCUGCAAGUCUUUUGCUUCCAGAUGCUGUUCCCAAAACUGUUCAUGCUGUACCUUGUACAGAAGCUACAACAGUUCAGCAGAAACAGAUGCCUUUCUAUGAAAAAGACAGGACAUCUGUGAUACCUGUGCAGAAUCUUGAACAAAACCAUGUGCUACCUGACUCUUCAAGUCCAGAAAAUAAAAGUUUAGAAUUUAGUGAUACACGUUUUCAUAGUUUUUCAUUUUAUGAAUUGAAGAAUGUCACAAAUAAUUUUGAUGAACGGCCCAUUUCUGUUGGUGGCAAUAAAAUGGGAGAGGGAGGAUUUGGAGUUGUAUAUAAAGGCUAUGUGAACAACACAGCAGUGGCAGUGAAGAAGCUGGCAGCUAUGGUUGACAUUAGUACUGAAGAAUUGAAAAAACAAUUUGAUCAAGAAAUAAAAGUAAUGGCAAAGUGUCAACAUGAAAAUUUGGUAGAACUACUUGGUUUCUCAAGUGAUGGCGAUGAUCUCUGCUUAGUAUACGUUUACAUGCCCAACGGUUCAUUGCUAGACAGACUGUGUUGCUUGGAUGGUACUCCACCACUUUCUUGGCACACAAGAUGCAGGAUUACUCAGGGUGCAGCUAAUGGAAUCAGUUUUUUACAUGAAAACCAUCAUAUUCAUAGAGAUAUUAAAAGUGCAAAUAUCUUACUAGAUGAAGACUUUACUGCCAAAAUAUCAGAUUUUGGACUUGCGCGGGCCUCUGAGAAGUUUGCCCAGACAGUCAUGACUAGCAGAAUUGUGGGCACAACAGCUUAUAUGGCACCUGAAGCUUUACGAGGAGAAAUAACACCCAAAUCUGAUGUCUACAGCUUUGGCGUGGUUUUACUAGAAAUAAUCACUGGACUUCCAGCUGUGGAUGAACACCGUGAACCUCAGUUAUUACUAGAUAUUAAAGAAGAAAUUGAAGAUGAAGAAAAGACAAUUGAAGAUUAUAUUGAUGUAAAGAUGAAUGAUGUUGAUUCCACUUCAGUUGAAGCUAUGUACUCUAUUGCUAGUCAAUGUCUUCAUGAAAAGAAAAAUAAGAGACCAGACAUUAAGAAGGUCCAACAGCUGCUGCAAGAGAUGACAACUUCUUAAAACUGUAUAGGAAAGGACCCUUGAUUUUAUAUAUAUAUAAACAAUUUUUUAAACUAUUUUUUCUAAAUUCUCUUCUUUAUCUUUUACAAGACAUCAUGAUGCAAUGCAGUGGUUAUUAAAGCAUACAUUGAACCUCCAACAUAUAGAACAAAUAAAAGUACAGUCACCAUAUCAACACUUAGCCCUACCCACUUAGUAUUAACUUCAGUACACAUAAUAACCCCUGAAGCAUCUCCUUUGAACAUCACCAAACAUGAUUAAAAACUUUUUUUUUUCCAUCUAUAACAUGGACUGAUAUCUCCUGCCUCCCUGGUAGGAGGUCGUGAAAAUCAACUGAUGCAGAAUAUGUACAAGCACUGUGUAAAUAGUGAGGUAAUAAUAUUUAAAGUUUACAGAUGUGAUUAUAAAAUUUUAUUACACUCAAAUGUUUAUAGGCUCAUGUUCACUUUAUACUAUUUUCAACAGUCAUUCACCACAAACUAAAUAUUCCCUGAUGAUGCUGCCCUGAUGAUGUGGCUGUUAUUAGAUUAUAUUACAUGGCAAAGUUGAAGGGAUUUUGCAGAUGCAAUUAAGGCCCCUAGUGAGCUAACUAUAAGUAUUAAAAGGGGUACUGUUUGAAAUAGGUCUAAACAAGUCAAGUAAACCCUUCAGGAAGUAAGAGAGAUUCUCCUAUGGCUCUUGAAGAACUAAGUACCAUGUUAUGAGAGGGCAACAUUUCCAAAACCAAAGGAUGGCCUCUAGCACAUGAGAGCUAUUAGUCAGCAGGAAACAAAUGGGAACUCAGUUGUGCAACCACAUGGAACUGAAUUCUGCCACAACCUGAAAGAAUUUAGAAGAGUACUGCAUCUUCAGAUGAUACCACUGCUCCAGCUGACACCUAGAUUUUCACUGUGUGAGACCUUCAGAAUGUGGGCCUGUCUGAGUUACCUGGACUUUUGACAUGUAGAACUGUGAUAUAAUAAAUGGGUUGUGUUAAGCCACUAA